AUGAAGGCUGCUUUUCUCCUACUCAUUGGAGCCGCUUUGGCUUCUGCCCAGACCGUCUACUUUAUUCGCCACGGCGAGAAGCCCGAUGACGAUGAUGACCCCAACCUGAGCGCCCAAGGAGUGCAGCGCGCCCAGUGCCUGAGAAAUGUCUUCGGCGCGAGUUCCCAGUACAACAUUCAGUACAUCAUUGCCGAGAAGCCCAAGGAUGGUGCACGAAUUCGCGCUCUCAACACGGUUACACCUUUGGCGAAUGAUCUCGGCUUGACCGUUGACACAAGCUGUGGCAAGACUAAGUCCGACUGCGUUGCUGAUCUUGUCGAUGACUACAAGGGCUCUGGCAACAUCCUCAUCUGCUGGGAACAUAAUGAGCUUACCAACAUUGUCGAAGCUCUGGGUGUCAAGAAGGGCCCAGAAUACCCCGAUGACUCGUUUGACUUGAUCUGGACUGACCCUCUGCCCUACAACAAGAUUACCAGCACCACCUCUGAGAACUGCCCAGGCUUGGACUAA